UAAAAGGAGACACCGAGGCUCUCGUCCAGCCAUCCUCGAAAUCGGCAGUGCGCAAAGUGUGUAACACAUUUUUUCAGUCGGUAUGAGUUUGCCUUGCUCGGAUCAAAGCAUUAGGCCGAGGAAAAUGAAGAAUGCAAGUUUGCCUCCGGGGGUGGCAGUCCUGCGGUGUUGGUGUGGCGAUCUUUGCAAAGUGAAGGAGGUUACGGAUUUUUCAGAUUGGUUGGGCAUGAAGUUUUUCAUGUGCGCCAAUUAUGAGGAAGAUCCACCCAUAGCUAUUUCAGAGUACGACAAGCCUCCGUCUCCUCCGCCUCUGUGCAUGUACUAUCGUUGGAUUGACACGGAGAUGCCGGCUUGGGCAGUGACUGAGAUUCGUGAAAGAAGUCGCCGUGCGUGGAAUAGUUUCUAUGCGGAAGAGCGACGCGAGAAGGCGGAAGCUGAGGAGAAAGCAGAGCAAGAGAGAGAGUUAAAAGAAUACUAUGCGGAGCAACACCGGUUUUUUCAGGAUUUAGGAAAGAAAAACAGGGAAGAGGCUCGUCGCAUGGAGGAGCAGGAACGACAGCGAAAGGAGGCUCGUGAGACGGAGAGGCAGAGAAAGAAAGAAAGGGCUCGUCAGGCCAAGGCAGCAGAAGAAGGUGGCGAUGGAAAAGGAAAAUAUCCACGUUGGACUCAGUAG